AUUAGUGAUCUUUUAUAACCCUAUUACCAUAUUUGUGGCCUAUAAAUAGUUGCAUCAACCUCUCUUGUACAAUAAGCAAAUGAACACGCACACGCACACCAAGAUGGGAUUCUUUCAACUUCUAUUGCUCUCUCUUCUUGUACCACAGAUUCCUAAGCUGUGUGUGGGAGAAGCAAGCAAUGUGCGCAUUGUCUAUUUGGGAGCGAAGCACCAUGAAGAUCCCGACGUUGUCCGGGACUUGCACCAUGACAUACUCACGAAACUGCACGGGAGUGCUGAAGCAGCUCGGGAGUCAAUGGUGUAUAGCUACAGAUAUGGCUUUUCAGGCUUUGCUGCAAAGCUAACAGAAAAUCAAGCAAAGAUCCUUUCAGGCUUUGAGGGUGUGGUACGUGUGCUACCAAACCGCAUGUACAAGCUACAUACAACUAGAAGCUGGGACUUCCUUGGCCUCAACCCUAAGUUACCCUCAACCCUUCUACGCAAGGCCAACUCCGGUGACGGGGUUAUUGUAGGCGUCAUUGACUCAGGAGUCUGGCCUGAGUCAGAGAGCUUCAAUGACAAGGGCAUGGGUCCAAUCCCACGCCGAUGGAAGGGAAUCUGCCAACCAGGCAAGCAAUUCAAUUCAUCAAAUUGUAAUCGCAAGCUCAUUGGUGCCCGUUGGUUCGUUAAAGGGCUAGAAGCCCAGCUAGGAGCACCCCUGUCCAAUGUUCCUGGCGAGAUAUUGUCUGCUCGUGAUUCUGUAGACCACGGCACGCACACUGCCUCCACUGCAGUGGGCUCUCCAGUAACAUCGGCUACGUUUCGUGGGCUGGCGGUUGGGACGGCCCGGGGUGGUGCACCGCUUGCUCGGCUUGCUGUGUACAAGACUGCCUGGUUGGGUGGGUCUGUUAGUGCUGCUGACAUGCUGAAGGCCUUUGACUAUGCAAUCCAUGAUGGGGUUGAUGUCCUAUCUCUUUCCCUCGGUGUCAGCCUACCACUUUACUCUUAUGUGGAUGAAGGUCCCGAUGGCAUAAUGAUUGGUGCAUUCCAUGCCAUGGCUCGGGGAAUCACGGUUGUAUGUUCAGGGGGAAAUAGUGGCCCUGAACCUCAAACAGUAGAGGACGCUGCACCUUGGAUCUUAACAGUCGCUGCUAGCACCAUUGAUCGUACAUUCCCCACUGCCAUCACUUUGGGGAACAAUCAUACAUUCUUGGGUCAGGCCAUGAAUACUGAGAAAAAAUCGGAAGCAUUUGUUGGGUUGGUCGACUCGAAGAGCCUUUCUACAAAUGAUAGCGUUGAAGAUGAGGCCAGAAAAUGCUUGAGUGGAUAUCUAAGGCGUGGGUCGGCUACAGGGAAGGUUGUUCUCUGUUUCACAUCUAUGAAUGAUCAAGCGGCCCAAGCAGUUGCUUCAGCAGGGGGAAUAGGUGUCAUCUUUGUGCAAUCAUCAGAUACGAUCUUAUCUCCAUGCAAACCCAUCCCAUGCACUGAAGUAGAUUACCAAGUUGGCACACAAAUACUUUUUUACAUUCAAACUUCUAGUGGCAUGCAGUUCUCCUGUGGUGAAGAUAAGUCAUUCAAAGACGUUAGUGGGGAGCAUAAAAUCACCCAAAGUGGCCACCUUUUCCUCGCGAGGACCCAAUUCCUUAUCUCCAGCCAUUUUAAAGAUAUAGCUGCCCCUGGUGUCAACAUUUUGGCUGCGGUGCCAUCGCCUGACUCAACAAGCGACAAGUUUAUGUUCAUGUCGGGAACCUCUAUGGCAUGCCCCCAUGUAGCCGGCAUAGUCGCUUUGCUCAUGUCUAUCCAUCCCGAUUGGUCUCCUGCUGCAAUAAAAUCUGCUCUUGUCACCACUGCAUCAACAAUGGACAAAAAUGAAGAGCCAAUGCUAGCAGAAGGAUAUCCCCGCAAGGUGGCCGAUCCCUUCGACUAUGGUGGUGGCCAUGUAAACCCUAACCAAGCUGCAGAUCCCGGUCUCAUUUACGACAUGGAUAUUUCUGACUAUAUCCUCUUCUUCUGUGCCAUGGGCUACAACAAUUCUGCCAUCUCACUCGUCACCUCGAAAACAAUCUCUUGCCCUAAGGACCCCCCAUCAAUACCAAAUAUGAACCUACCCUCUAUUGUAAUUCCUGAACUUAAAACUUCAGUGACCAUUGCAAGAAAGGUUACCAAUGUGGGUAAGGUCCACUCAGUCUACAAAGCUAUGGUUGAGUCUCCUACUGGUGUGAAAGUGGUAGUGGAACCUAAAGUGUUAUACUUCAAUGAAGCAACCAUAGUGCUUCCUUUCAAGGUGACCUUCACAGUGGUACACCAGAUGCAAGGGGACUAUACCUUCGGGAGCUUGAUUUGGAGUGAUGGUGAGCACUUUGUUCGUAGCCCGAUUGCUGUACGCAGGGUGAUUUAUGACUCCUAUGCAGAUAUAUAUUGAACCUGCAUUCUAAACUAUGUGUUACCUUAAAUAAGAUGUACCUCAAAGAUCUAUUGAAAAAAGUUGUAUGAAUAUAUGAAUAAAAAGGCUUUUGGUCUUUAAAAUA